UUGCAUUCUGUGUAGUAGGUUCCUGGGCAUUUCAUAAUAUAGCAACAUAACACGCAGUAAUACAGAAUAUUUUAAAAUGUAAAUUGUUAUCUUAUUUACAUCCUGAUAAAACAUUUGUACCUGAAAUUCUGGUAGUCAUAAAUCUGGUAGAGGAAUACGAUUUUCCCAGAAAGAAACCUAGCAACUUUAAUUAUGAAACAAAUUAACAUCCCAUCUUCACUGUCAAUCUAAAACUUUAAUUCAGAAAGCAAAUACUGAAUCAGAGGAUCUUGUGUUAUUCUUCAGUUGAUAAUCUGAACAUUGGAUGCAUCAGAAGUCAUGUCGGACUGGCUUCUAAUUGGAUUGUUUGUGGCCUUGGUGCUGCUUCUGUUGCUGACGAUCUUCGGCUUUGCUGUUUAUUCGGGACUAUUUACAGAAGUAAUUGUGAAUGCUGGUUUGCCCCCCAUUGGCAACAUCACUGUGGCAUACAAAUUCCAGGUGGGGCCUUAUGGCGACUCUGGAAGGUUUUUUACAGACAGCUGCAGCGUCUCUCCAAGGCUGUCUUCUAUCGCUAUCUACUAUGACAACCCUCACACGGUGGAUCCAGAGAAAUGUCGCUAUGCUGUAGGUAGUGUCCUGAGUGAAGGAGAAGACAAGCCAUCUGAAGAAGCGAUCCGCAUGUUUCUGAAGUAUGGCUUCAAGAUUAUCAACUUCCCAGCUCCUAGUCAUGUAGUCCUGGCAACCUUCCCUUAUACAACUCCCCUAUCCAUACAUCUGGCAGUGAACCGUGUCCAUUCAAGUCUUGACGUAUAUAUCAAGGAGCGGAAACUAUGCGCCCAUCCUAGAUUGGAGAUCUACAAAGGAGAUAAAAUCUAUUUUAUAUGCCCUCUUGCACGUCAAGGGGACUUCUACGUGCCUGAAAUGAAAGAAUUGGAGAAGAAAAACAGAGCAGCUGCAGCAGCAGUAGAAACUGAUGAUGAUCAAACAGAUAUUACAGGUCUGGACACCAUGAGUGAGACAAGUUCUGUCAGCCUCGAAGCCACAACUGACAUCAGUGAGACUUCAGUGGCUACCUCUGUCUUAUCUCCUUUUGCAUCUGGCCACAGUCGAGAUGAGGCAGAUAAUCGCAGUGAGCAUAGCUACAGUGAAUCGGGGGCCAGUGGUUCCUCCUUUGAAGAACUGGACAUGGAAGGCAAUAGUGAUGGAAUGACAGGUCUGCCAUGUGACCUUGGUUCUGCAGAAGACCGAGACACCAGCCAAGUCAAGUGGACCCGGGAGCCUAUUGCCCCAGAAGAAAAAAGGGAUGAAGAAUAAAGUUAUCUGUUUAUUUACGUUUUAGGGAUUGAAAAGAGAAACUGAUAAUAGUUCUUGAUUCUUUUCCGUCCAGCCAAAAAAAAUUGGUUACUGAUCCAUGUUGAGAGCUUGCUACUUUUUGUCUGCAAACAAAUAUUUGGAGAGUAAUAAAGGAGAGGAAAUUAUAUUCAGUAGAAUACUGAAUAUAAUCAUAUUUUAUAGCCAGACUUAAAGAGGUGUGCUGCAAUAAGAAAUUGAAAGUGAGAUGGGAUGCAGUGAUAGUGGUGAGUUCUAGUUGAACCAGUAAAUAUAAGUUUUUACAUAGACUAUCCCUGGUUUUAGCAUCUUUUUAGUUCUUCCUGCACUCUAUCUUGUUUGACCCCCCCAAUUGGCUGCUUUUCUGUAAUAUGCACACUUGAUUUGGUGCUACAUCUAUUAAGACCAAAGAAUUGUAGCGCUUAUUAUCGAAAGAGAAUAGUGCAGACUUUCUUACAUGAUUUUUUAAUCAUAAAUGCAGCACAUGAAUUCUUAUUAUAAUACAGUAGUGCCCUUGGAAAGGUAAUGGAUUAUAUGCAGGUUAAUGUAAUCCCAGUUAGUCACAUGUUUCUGCUCCAUUUCCCUCCAUUAUUGGUGCCAUUUCUCUCUCUCUUUGGUUUCCAUAAUAUGAAUAAACCAAGUUCUUGGUAGUUACAUUUAAUAUCUUUGGGAACCAAAAUCCUUCUCUAGUUUCUUAUGUGAAAGUGUUCAUCAGAAAGAAAAAUCCAUCACUAUUAGCAUUAAUGGUGCCCUUUUUCUGCUGUCUCAGGAAGGAGGCGGUUGAGAAUGAGAAAUUGCAAAAUAAGCCAACGAUCCAGUAGAUGACCCAGUUGCCUGCGUCGCUACUGUGCUUUCAAGACUGUGAUGCGGCAGUAUCUGAAUGUAGGGAAAGAUCAGUCUGUUCAGAAGACUCGGGUACUAUAGUAACCAUAGAGAAUUUGAGCCAGCGUGUGAACCACAGCUGAAAGUUAUUAUAUAUUAUCACUUGGUGAAGUUGAGUUCUUCCAACAUGAUUCCAAAACACCUCUUACAUUAGGAUGAAAUGACAAUGUUUAUCUUCUUGCACUGGCAAUAUUUUUGAAUACUUGGUCAGAACAAAGAGAUCUCCAUAAAGAUAGUAUUCUGAAGUAUUGAACCAAAUUUGUUGCUCCUGAAUCUCUAGUAGAGCUCUUCUACAGCAGGUUGAAGAAAAUAUUAAUAUCUGUGUUUUAGGGAUAAAGUAUUCAAAUAGUUUGCUCCUCUUCAGCACUUCUUGGUUCUCUUGCCUGCAUCCUCUUAUUAGAGAUUGAUGGCCCACUCCCUUUCUUAAUGGAUUUGUGUCCAUACAGUGGUAGAGGAGUUCAAAAUGUAGCCGCCUUCAGACUUGUCUUGCUCUGAGCAUUGACUUAGCCUGGGAGGGUAGUUAAUGGAAUGCAGUGUUAAAAUGAUCUUUUUUGAGCUUUGUGGUCCAUAAGGCCAUUUAGUUCCCUCUCCCCAAGCAAUCACAUUGAUUCCUUCCUCUAAAGUCUCAGUUCCCAGUUUAGCUUUUUAUUUCCUGAUGCUCCGAAUUCAUAUGCUCCAAAUUCUGAUUUAAUGUAACAAACCAAAUCAAUACUGUGCAUCAGAAGCUUGGAGUGUAACAUGGAAUUAUUUGAAUGAAAAUCUUCCAACUGUCUCAUUUUAGCUUCUUCUGUGCAGGGCUUCUAUGCAUUCCCAUUUCCUCAGACAUGCUUGAAUGUCUAGUGCCUAUAUGCCUGUUCAUGUCUGUAGUUCUAGCUACAAUUUUUGCAAUUGCUGUGUUUUUCUGCAUAUCAAACACUACAGGAGUACAGUGAAAUGAGGAGGUGGCAUAUAGUUAUUAGUGUGCUAUGUCUAUUCCCAGAGUUUAUUUGACAUGAUAACCUACCUUCCUUCCUUCCUUCCUUCCUUCCUUCCUUCCUUCCUUCCUUCCUUCCUUCCUUCCUUCCUUCCUUCCUUCCUUCCUUCCUUCCUUCCUUCUUCCCUUCUUCCCUUCCUUCCUUCCUGAAAGCAAUAUAUCAGCAUCAAAGUAUUUUACUGGAUUAUAAUAUUUCAUUUAGGUAUGUGCAAACAUUGUGUCUCCAGCAUCUUAUUUUACUCUUCUGGACCGUGUAAAUUCUAGAGCUGGUUGAGCAACUUUUUGGUUGUAAAUCUUCAGAGUAGGGCUAUGCCCAGACCACUUCUUAUUCUAGAAAAUUUACUUCCAGAAAGAUCACUUCCCACUUCUGGAAGUUUUCCUACUUCCAGGAAAACUGCUGGACCACUAUUGAAGCUGCCAAAUCAGUGUGGUUUGAAGAAAGGGUAGGACAUUCCUCCAACCAUCCUGUCUUUGGAACAAUUUGCAUAUUCCUAGUUUUGUUGUGAAGUGUAUGUGUUUGUCUCACAUAUUUGUGGAUAAACAGUACACAUUCUCAUAUGUGUUUCCAUGUGUGAAUAUGCAUACUCAUACAUGUUUAUAAUCUGCAAGUGUGAGGGACAUGUGUGCAUGUGUUUACAGAUAAUGCCAUAUAAAUUCACCAUUCUGCACGUGCCUAUAAACAUACCUUCUUUUCUUGAGCACAGGUGAAUGUGCUAUUUAUUUGUUAGCAAUAUUUUAUAGACAUAGACAAGAUCUUCAAGGCAGAUACAUAACAAUAAUUAAACCUUGUUUCUGAUUAUAGAGGCUGUUUUGCACACUUGGAAACUAGCCUGUUGGAAAGAAAAAUAACUAGUUAUCUGGACAACUUCCAUAGCAGAGGAAUUUCUAAAUUAGAAAACUAUUUAUCUGAUUUUCCAGUUUCUCAGUAACAGGAAAUAAGGCUGAUCAAAAAAAUAGAAUAAAAAUCUCCAGACAGCAAAUCCCUCAUGUAUUUUCUAAAAAAAAAAAAAAAAAAAAAAAACCUGUGUUAAUGAAUCAAAAUGUUCUCUUUGCUAACCUGAGCCAUUUAGAGGGUCAGGUGCAAAUGUUUCAUGGGACAGUUUUCGUAUGCCAAAAGAAAACAGGUUUCUCAUAUCUUUUUUUUUUUUUUUUGGUAGCACAGAUAAAUGAUUUUUCUCUCUCCCACUCUUCUUUUUUGUAAUGUGAAGCUUUGGAAAAGGUUUUGUCUUGCCCUGGAAGUUAACAAGCAAUAUGAGGACUCACUUUGACUGUGAAACAUGAGGGAAAGGUAGAAAGUCACUGGGCGUGUCCUGUGAUGGGAUGAGGAACUGGGGAUGAAUUACUGCGGCUCCCAAAGACUUGAGAAAUGACCCUCAUUCUGAAGAGGCAGAGGCAGUUCCCCAUUCAUUCAGUGUUUAACAAGACAGACAACACAAGAGUCCUAGCUGCUUUAAUACUGUCAGAGAAUAAUAACACCGAAAUCAAUCAGAUGGGUAAAUUUGGCACAUUGUUUGCUUGCCAUGACUCGAACCAAGAGCAGGAAAAGCCAGCCAAUUACUGCUUCUAGCCAUAAUCACCUUUAUUUGGAGUUCGCCGUCUUAAGUUUUGCUUUGACAUACUGUUGUGGUUUCUUGAGGUAGACACUGAAACUAACAUUUUUCUGGGUUUCUCUCAGCACUCCCUGUUUUGGCCCAGGGGAGGGAGGGGGGAGGAACGCUACAUGCAGUGACUGGGUUUGGCUUAGUGAUCAUUACUUGAAUGACUAAUGUUUUGUAGACAAAGAAUUUCAGGUGAGAGUGUAGAAUUAUUAAAAAAUCUUGGUUACCAUCCCUCGAGCCAAACUUUAGAGUGAUUAUUUUAGUGUUCAAGAAACAAGAUCUAUCCGGUAAUAUAUUUCAGGCUGCUUCAGGAAUUAUGUCAUAUGACUGCGUGUUUCCUAGGCUUGCUUGGGGCAUUACUGGAGUUAGUUCGUUGUAGGCAUUUGUCUGGCAGACAGCUUUAGGAUGUUCUUCUUAUUCUGUGCUCCAUUUCUCUUUCUCUGUUUAACACUUGCUGUGCUUGUGGAGGUAAUGUGACAGUGAGUAAUGCAUCUAAGCAUCUCAAAAACAACCUAAUGUUUCAUCUCUCUUGCUCUAAGCACAAUUAGCUCUUACCGGCAGAAAAAAAAAGACUCAGUAAUCUACAACUGGUAUAAAAUGCAGUACUUCAAAAUGAGCAUAUUUGAACAAAAUGAUGCUGCUGGAUAAAGAAGUCCUGCUAUUAUUCUAAUUUUAUUGUUGCCUGUUGAGACAUUUCAGAGGUGAAAACAUGCAGCUUUUCUCCCCCCCCCUUUUUUUAGCCCAAAUAUCAUCUACUAUGACAUCUCAUUUUCAUUAUCAUCUCUGUGUUCUGAAAGAUCAGUAGCAUCUGAUUAAAAGCCUGCUGAUACUUAUAGAAGUCUCUCAUUAAUAAGGUUAUGAUGAUGAGUAAGAAUAAUCUGGGCAUCCAGAAAACUAAACAUAAAUGAAUAUGGAACAAGAUUUUAGAUAAUACAAAAUGCAGCACAUUCUUCCUAUGGCUUAGUUAGUGUCCAUGUACUCAAAAUUAUUAGGAGUAUUGAAAAGUUUGAUUCAAAUAUAACCACCUUAAAGUUUUGGGGUUACUCCUAUUUUCUGCUGUGCUUUACUUUUUUAAAAUUCCAUUUUUUUUCUGUGCCUCUGUAUCCUAGCAUGUUUUUGGACCUAGAUGUCUAGAGAAAACUGUUUAAUUCAACAGAAAAAUGCAGAGAGCUCCCGCAUAUCCCUAUCAAUCUCACAUAGGACUAAUUCAUGUAUAUCUAGAUAGGGUACAGUUCCAUGACAACAUAUCUGUUGAACCAACUGUUGGCAGGAAGAAUGGGUCUGAAUUGUUAUUUCUCAUCCAUAUAUGUUCUUUGUUGAAGCAUUAUUUCAUAGGCACACCAAAAUUAUACCGUAUAGCUGUCCCAGAGUUCUGUAUCCACCCAUUAAAACAUAUAAAAUACCUAUUGCUAAGGGAGGUAAUACAACACUCAGUUGGUUGGCUACAUUAUGUAAAUUUCCAAAAGCAAAGCAAAUACGGUGAUGUGUGCAGAGCGUACUACCACAAAUCUGAUAAUUUGCCUAAACAGAAAGCAGCUGGCAAAAGUGUAGAACUUGCAUGUAAACAGGUGAAGAGGAAGAGGUAUUGCAUCUGGCUCUUAACCCCCAAGGUUUAUCCUUCAGGCAGCAACUUGCAUUGUAAAGCGAUAAGGAAUGACAGCUUAAGGCUUGUUACUUAUUAAAAUACAAGCUGAGCUGUGAGAGAGGUUUGCUUAUUAGUUUGGUCCUGAAGUGAAAAUUUUUGUUCUGUUAUAUAUUUAAUCACUAUUUUGGUAUAAUGUACAAGGCUUAAAAUGAUCUAUGUGCCAGACUGAUUAAUACCUAGGUGUUGGGUGAACAGGGAGGUGUGGGGGUGGAGGGUAAAUCCUUGUUAAAAUUAAAAGUGGCUCAUAAAAAAUAAGCCAUUGUCCUCCGUAUUUUGUGCGUGCUCCAUACCAGCAAAACAGUAACAGCCUCAUGAAUGAAUGAAGUGGAACCUGCCUUACGGCUUGUAAAUCCUGAAGUAUAAAUGAUUCUUACAGCUAACACACCCAACCAAAAUACUCAGAAUGGGGAAUUGUAGCUUUCUCAUAUUUCAAGAUUAACAUAGAAUGGUUUUAUUCUGUUACCAAAUGAUAUGAAAAAAACUUUGGGAAGCACAUUGCCCAGUGGGUGCGGCAGUACCUUGUUCACUUGCAACUGCUAUACUAUCAUCAUGAUGACUAGCAGUCAUCUAGACCUAUGUUUUUGCAACUAUGAGAUUUGUGGGGCCCAAGAAUUCCCUUCCCCAAGACAGGUAACAUCUCAAAAGUUUCCAAGGUUGCACAACACUGAUCUAGAGCAAUAGGCAGAAGCUUAAUUUUGAGAUUUGAGAUUUUUUGAAAGAGCGCAAGUCUGAGGAUCUCAGGGAACAAUUACAUACAUUUUAGACUUAAAAUAAGUCUCCCUUACAUAGAUACUUAGGACCGCUGUUUUCUGUUUUUCUGCAGUGGUGAGGUUGAUGGGGAGGGGAGGUGUCAGAGGAGCAUAGUGGAAGUUUUUUUAAAACUUCAUUAAACAUUUUAUUAAUCUAUCCUAUGGCUUCCACUCCCACUGUUGUGUGCUGAAAAUGAUGAGAAACUGGCAAUAGUUUUCAAUAAACAAAAUGAAAAAGAGCCUUGGAGCUGUCAAAAUGAGGUUUGGGGACUAACGUUGGUUGCCAUCCCCCAACAUGCUGUAUUCAUCCAUAUAUCUGCCUUACUUCUGAAUGAGACUGCUGAUCUAGGACAUCUAGUGUUGCCUACUUUGUUAGGAACUCAUUUGCCAAAGUCUUAACUUGCUGUGUAAGUUAAGGCAUGUAGUUGAAGAACCUAAUGGACAAUUUUGUGGCAUUCCUUCAUGAAGAAAAUCUGACAGCAUGUGGACUAAAUGAAUGCCUUGCUCCACCUAAUUAUUUAUUGUGGUUCUUGACAAUUACAUAACCAGAGAAGCAUUGAAAUUGUAGUCUUAGGCACAUUUAUUUGGAAGUAAAUAGUUUGGGAUGCCAAGAGAUUUACAAAGAUUAAGUGUUAUGACCUAUUUUGGUGGGAGUUUGGUUUUCAUAAUUGCAAAGUACUAUCUGUAGGGAUCAAAGAAUGAUGGCUCUAAAACUGUGAUCUUAGCAAAAUGGUGUCAUGCUGCAACAGUCCACAACAGUGCUCCCUGCUAUUUAAUUUUCUUCUUGAUUCUCUGGCAUUAAUGUCUUUUCCAGGCAAUAUGUCAAUUUUUUUAAGGGUUGGGCUGGAAAGUAUAAAUGCAAGAAAUAUAUGAGCAUGUGGUGGUUAAGGUGUAAGGUUGAUUCCAGGAAGGCUUAGAUUCAGCAGGAAAUCUUGCUGAGCAAAUUCAGGUCAUCCUCUGCCCAGUUUGCCUCCCAUAUUGUUGUGGCAAAAAAUGGGUGGGAAGGGCAUACUUGAAUGCCUGAAGGAAAAGCAAGAUAAACAUUUAUUUACUUACUUUUUUUGUUUAUUGUACAUAGUUACCCAGGUAGGCUGCUGGAUAGCAUACAUCAAUAAGGAAAAUAUUUUUUUAAAGAAAAAAAAAUUCCCAUAGCUGCAAUGUAUAGAUGACUGGGAAUCUUCAAUUCACACAUCUUACCAAGGAGAUUCUCUUACCAUCCUUGCCCAAUGCCAAAGGGAAGAAUCAAUUUUUUAAUACCUUUUUAAAAGCCAAUAGGAUCAGGGCCAACCAAAUUCCUUGCAAAAGAAGAGGAGUGCCUCUUAGGCCCUCCUACAGGUGACAUCACUGGAAGGAAGAGGUUUGAAGCAUGUCUCUAUUACCUUCUGAGCAUGGGGGAUUUGCAGAAACAAUGGGGAGAAAAGCACUCCCACGGAUAACCUAGUCCUUGCCCCAGGUAGGGCUUUAUAAGUGGUAAUCAGCAUAUCAAAUUGCUCCUCAAAACUAAUUGGGAGCUGGUGCAACUCACCAUGUAGUGGUGUUACAUAUUUGCACCACUGCAUUCUGGACCAAUUGCCACUUCCAGGUGGUCUUCAAGGAUUGUCAGAUUGGUUGACAAUUGCCUCUUGAUGUUGGCUCCUGAAGUUGGACCGGGAAGGAGAUGAUUUUGAGGAAACAGCAUGACUGGAUUAGAGGAGGAUGGUGGCUUCUCGCAAUUUUGAUGCAAGAACAUUCAAGAGUCUUCCUAAUUCCUAAGGAAGAAGAGAGAAAAAAGCAAGAAAGAAAACACUAUUUGCUAAAAUACUUUUGAAACUGAAUUGAAAGGAUCAGUGUAUUAUUCUUAUGCACAAAAAUGUAUGUGUUUUGGGGAAUUGAUAAAAAUGUAUAGCAUCAUUCCGUGGGAACAAUGCAAUUCACUAUCCAUUGUAAUUUGAGGUUUGCAAGUGAAGGACAAUGAAAGCCACCAUGUGAUGGUAUGGUUAAAACAGCUGUAAUACAAUUUAAUGUGCAGCACUUAAUCCAAUGUUUCUUUGCAGGUUUAAGAAUGAUUCUUGUGUUGAUGUAUAUUCAAUGUACUGAAGCUUGUAAUUAAAUCAAAAAAGUUUG